AUGAAUGAAUUAGAAACCAACAAGCUAGAAACCAACAAAUUAGAGACCAACAAAAUAGAGACCAACAAAUUAGAGACCAACAAAUUAGAGACCAACAAAUUAGAGACCAACAAAUUAGAGACCAACAAAUUAGAGACCAAUAAAUUAAAAGACCAACAAAUUAGAGACCAACGAAUUAGACGAAUUAGAGAACAACAAAUUAAAACUAAUGAAUUAGAGACCAGCGAAUUAGAGACCAACAAGCUAAAAACAAACGAAUUAAAGACCAAUGAAUUAGAGACCGAUGAAUUAGAGACCAAUAAGCUAGAAAUCAACAAAUUAGAAAUCAAUGAAUUAGAGAUCAACAAGCUAGAAACCAACGAAUUAGAGACCAACAAAAUAGAGACCACCAAAUUAGAGAUCAACAAAUUAGAGAUCAACAAAUUAGAGACCAAUAAAUUAAAGACCAAUGAAUUAGAGUACAACGAAUUAAAGUCUAAUAAAUUAGAGUCUAACAAGAUAGAGACCAGCAAGUCCAACGAAUUAGAGACUAAUGAAUUAGAGUCCAACAAGAUAGAGACCAACAAAUUGGAGACCAGCAAAUUAGAGACCAACAAGCUAGAAACCAACGAAUUAGAGACCAAUGAAUUAGAGACCAACAAGAUAGAGACUAACAAAUUAGAGACUAAUGAAUUAGAGACCAAUGAGUUAGAGACCAACAAGUUAGAGACUAAUGAGUUAGAGACUAACAAAUUAGUGACCAACAAAUUAGAGACCAACGAAUUAGUGACCAAUGAAUUAGAGAUCAACAAAUUAGAGAUCAACAAAUUAGAGUACAAUGAAUUAAAGUCUAACGAAUUAGAGUCCAACAAGAUAGAAACUAGUGAAUUAAAGACCAACAAAUUAAAGACCAACAAAUUAGAGACCAACAAGAUAGAGAUCAGUGAAUUAGAGACCAAGUAG